UUGAGAAUUUCAAUUUUAGUUAACUGGAAUUCCAAAAAAAAAAGAAAAAAUCAGAGAAAAAAAGAUGUCGGCAUUUCUCCACCAAAGGCCACUCCACACUCCGUCGUCAUACCUCGACGAUUUAUCCCCUCGAUCCCGCCAAAAUUACCAAAAACCUACCUCCUCUCUCCUCAGCCGCAGCCCCGCCGUGCUCGUCCUCCUCCUCCUCUCCCUGCUAAUCGUCGCCGGGGUACUUUUCCCUUACAUACAGUCUCCCGGCUCCCUCCUUUCGUUAAGUUCCAGGAGCUCCGAUUCCAAGUGGCGCGGGUACACGCUACCGGAUGCGGCCGCUUACGUGGCGAGGAACAACACGCUGAUCGUGUGCGCUGUCAGCGAGGCUUAUUUGCCGUUUCUGAACAACUGGCUGAUUAGCAUUUCUCGGCAAAAGCAGCAGGAAAAGGUUUUGGUGAUUGCCGAGGAUUACGCCACUCUUUAUAAGGUGAACGAGCGGUGGCCUGGCCACGCCGUUUUGGUUCCCCCUGCGCUGGAGGCCGCCGCCGCUCACAAGUUUGGAUCUCAGGGGUUCUUCAAUUUUACAGCACGAAGGCCACGUCAUCUCCUGCAAAUUUUGGAGCUCGGCUAUAAUGUUAUGUACAACGAUGUCGAUAUGGUUUGGUUGUCUGAUCCCUUUCCUUAUCUCAAAGGCGAGCAUGACGUGUACUUCAUGGAUGACAUGGCCUUUGUGAAACCUCUAGAUCAUUCUCAUGAAUUGCCGCCUCCAGGGAAAAAGGGACGUACUUACAUUUGUAGCUGCUUUAUUUAUUUGCGCCCCACUUCUGGAGCAAAAUUACUGAUGAAAAAGUGGAUUGAAGAACUACAAGACCAACCUUGGUCUAGAGCAAAGAAAGCUAAUGACCAGCCUGGCUUUAAUUGGGCGUUGAAUAAAACCGCUGGGCAGGUAGAUGUAUACCUGCUACCUCAAAAGGCAUUCCCUACUGGCGGAUUAUACUUCAAGAACAAGACAUGGGUACAAGAAACAAAGGGAAUGCAUGUUGUAAUCCACAACAAUUACAUAAUCGGUUUUGAAAAGAAGACUAAACGAUUUAAAGAUUAUGGUCUCUGGUUGGCCGAUGAUUAUGCCUCUGAGUCACCACUCGGUAGAUUAUAGUGCGAGUUGGAGGAGCCUCACUAACAAGCUUUUUGUUGAUGUAAAUGGUGAUGCAUAGACGUGGGUUCAUAAGAUCAGUUCGACAUGGAAUUUCGUUCAAUGAAUUAAUUUAGUGUAAAUUUGUUGUCCAUUCAAUAACACGACGAAAUUAUCAAGUUUCUUGAGAUUUUUUUCUUUCGAAUAUUCGAGCACAACUUAUGUAAGAGAGAGAGGUUUGUAAUUUUUUGUUGUUUAAUAUUAGACAACUGUAAUCUUCUUUUUUUCCUGGAAAGUAUGUAGAGAUCUGCUGUUGUGCAUUAACAGCUUUUGUCA